CAAGGUAGGGGAUGUUGAAGAUGAUCGAAGUUAGGAGAAACUGCCACGCGUUAUUGAUCAAAAAUAACCAAAGUUACAGCAAUAACGUGCAUGUAAUGAAGUAACGGGAUUUACUUUAGUUAUUGUAAGCGUCAUAGGUGAAUAAUUUAACAUUGAAUAAACGAAGAAACGGACUAUUCACUAUUAAUCUGAAUGUGCAUUUGAAUGGUGGUCAUAUUUGUGUCAUUCUUGCCGGUUUUUAACUUCCUCUUUCCGUAACACGAUACAAUGGCGUCCGGAACUCUUUACACGUAUCCUGAAAAUUUUCGAGCUUAUAAAGCUCUGAUCGCAGCUCAAUAUUCUGGGGCUCAGUUGAAGGUUGCAGAAGAUUUCGUGUUUGGUGAAACCAAUAAAACUGAGAAAUUUUUGAAGAAAUUUCCUCUUGGAAAAGUCCCAGCAUUCGAGUCAAAAGAUGGCAAGUACCUUACUGAAAGUAAUGCUAUCGCAUAUUAUGUGGCCAAUGAACAACUUAGAGGUAAAACUGACGAAGAGAAAGCAGAAAUUAUCCAAUGGUUGAGUUUUGCUGAUUCAGAAAUUCUUCCCUCAAGCUGCGCUUGGGUAUUUCCACUUCUAGGAAUCAUGCCAUACAACAAGCAGACUGUUGAACAUGCAAAGGAAGAUUUGGCUAAAGCGUUAACCGCUCUCAAUACUCACCUUCUUUAUAAAACAUAUUUAGUAGGAGAACGUAUCACUCUUGCUGAUAUUAGUGUAGCAAUGACUCUUCUACAUCUAUAUCAAUACGUUCUUGAACCUAAGGUUCGUGAACCUUAUCAGAACGUGAAUAGGUGGUUUCAGACAAUUGUUAACCAACCACAAGCAAUUGCUGUUCUUGGUAACUUCAAAUUGGCUGAUAAAGCUUUAGAAUAUGAUCCUAAAAAGUAUGCUCAGACUCAAGGUGGAAAGUCAAAGAAGGAGAAGGAACCUAAGGAAAAAAAAGAACAUUCGAAGAAAGAAAAAGAGCAACAUAAAAAAGAAGAACCUGCUGAGGAACUUGAUGCUGCUGAUGCAGCUCUUGCUGCUGAACCUAAGUCUUCAAAUCCUUUCGAUGCCAUGCCUAAAGGAACCUUUGACAUGGAUGAUUUCAAACGAGUUUACUCAAAUGAAGAUGAAUCCGUUUCUGUUCCUUACUUUUGGCAAAAGUUUGACCCUGAACAUUACAGCAUUUGGCUUGGUGAAUAUAAAUAUAAUCAAGAAUUAGCUAAAGUUUUUAUGUCCUGCAAUCUCAUCAGUGGAAUGUACCAACGGCUUGAUAAGAUGCGUAAACAAGCUUUCGGUAGUUUCUGCCUCUAUGGUACUGACAAUGACAGUUCCAUUAGUGGUGUGUUUAUUUGGCGAGGCCAAGAUCUUGCAUUUACGCUAAGUCCCGACUGGCAAGUAGACUAUGAGUCAUAUACCUGGACCAAACUGGAUCCAAAAGAUGAAAAAACAAAGGAAAUAGUUAAUAAAUAUUUAACUUGGACUGGCGAGGACAAAGAAGGACGUAAAUUUAAUCAAGGAAAGAUUUUUAAAUAAACUCCGUCGUACGCUUACAAUAAGAAAAUACUUAUUGACAUGAAAUAAAAAAUAAAAAUUCAUUUAUA